UGAGCUUCCCGUCCCCAGAGAGUCUGUGCGUCGGCCAGGAAGUUGGAUCGAACCUCGGUCACUCCACCAUUCAGUAAACAGAUCAAACUUUACUCUCCCUAGUACUCAGUAGUUUCUUUCUCUUUAUCCCCUUCCACACUAUAAUGGAAUCCCCUCGCGCCUCGUCGCGUUCCCGGCGUUCCUACCCCAAUCUCCACAAUCUUUCCCUGGCCCCGCUCAGCGCCAAAUAUCCCAUUGAUGCUGGCACACCGCCCUCACCAGACGAACACGUCCGUACCCCGCGGACCUCGUACAUAGCACAGAAGUCCGCGCCAACAACGCCAGGGAUCCUGAGCCUAAGCCAAAGCCGCAGCAACUCGCGCCAUCGCUUGAAGAAGGCGUUGGCCUAUGAUAGCUUCUUCGCGGAUCCCGAGCAUAUGCGUAGUGGGGAAGUCAGAGAUGCAGGCGAUAUACCCAAAGCGAAGAGCACAAGCACUCUACAUCGGGAUGUGCAUGUGGGGUUUGCGGAUGAGCUGGCGGGGAGCGAGAAGAGACAUCACAUAAGGAAGGGCACGGCGCCGUUACCACUACGCAUGCCGCUCGUCAGACACCACACCAGUGAAGCGAGUGAUGAGUGGUUUCACCGUGCUGGGCUCGCCAUCGCAGGAGAGACGCGAGAUAGUAAAGGGCAAGGGUGGCUUGUUAGGCGGGAGAGCUCGACCAGCCUUGUCCAAGAGAGCGAUGGGUAUGAACUACACCCCUCACACGACUCUCGACACAUGGCCUUGCUAUCGGGCGAACACGUGGGGGAUGGGGACUAUCCUGUGUUUUUCUCGCCUCGCAUGUCAAGAGCAGCAAGUCGUAUCACAAGUCGAGUGGGGUCUCGCGUCCCCAGCGCGCGUCAGAGUCGACGCGGCAGCCGCGUCGGCAGCCGAGUGGAUUUGAUGAUGUCUGCUGGAAAUAAGCCGCAAAGCGGGCGUCAGAGUUUCGAGGAGCUGGAAGAACACUUUAUCGAGCCCGACUUCAUCGAAGGCGAUGAAGAAUCUGACGGCGACGAGGAAGAAGUUGCACGACUAGCGCGGGAACGCGCAUCUGGGCUUGGAGGGUGGAUGGACAGACUCAUCGGGUGGACCUUGUUCGCUGUUGACGAAGACGGAGAAGGAUCAGACGAAGAGGAAGAGGAGGAUAACAUCGCGCCGAGGCUUGAGAGUAUGACCAAAGAUGAGCUAAAACUGCGACGAGAAGUUGAAGCGAAGAGACGGAAACUCGAGCGCGAGGCUAUCGUUGCUGCUUCGGCGCUCAGAGCACAGGAAACGAGCAGUAGCAGACCUAGCACGGGUGAUCCGCAACAAUCGCCUGUAAACGAAGAGGGCGGCGGAUGGCAGGAUGCGGCGUGGCUUUUGAGCGUUGCGUCCAAGGCUCUAUUGACAUGACGGGUUUGGAAAUCUUGUCCUACUUUUGCGAUUAGCAAGCGAAUCCUGAAUCACAUAGAAUCAUCAAGCUGAAGGCAUAUACAAAGAGUAGUAUCAUAUUGAUAAUUCAAUCUUAGCAC